CCCCAAUUCCCAUCUUUAGUGAUCUGUGAACGACAAUUCCCAAUCUCUUACAACCCGCCCCCUGAAAAAACACGCAAAGAAAAAAUCCUCGCGUCGCUCUCACGGAGCCAACCGCAAAACACGCGAGAAAAAAAAAAUUCAAAAUUCUCUCUUUAGUCCACACUCCAUACUCCGCACUCUACACUUAUUCUCCUUUGUUCUUUUACAGGAUCCAUCAAUAUGGAGAUAGGUACAACAGGGUGUUGUAUUGGAAGACAAGUACAGUGGCGUUCAUUGAGUUUGCGAAUGUUAGAUUGGAAAAAUCGACAUAAACUUUAUUACAAUGCUAUUGGCUGCAAUAUAAAGAUGAGCUACCCAAGGUCAUCUUAUUCUCACCUACGAUUUGCAGCAAAGCAGUGGAUGAGCCAUGAGUUAUGGAGAACAUAUACCAUCCCAGUUAGUUUCAAAACUUCUUCAUCAAUAAAAUCAGAAGAUGAAGAGAAUGAAUUUGUUGAUUCACCAGAGGACCCACUUGCUCAACCAUUGAGCAGUGAUGAGUUGAAGUCACUGCUAGCUGAUUCAGAAAGGCAAAAGCUCAUUAGAAAACUAAGUGAAGCCAACCAACAUAAUAGAUUCCUGAAACGACAGCUGCAUGUAAAGGAAGAUGCUUUGGUUAACUGGAAAAGUGAACUUGCUGUAAUGGAACUUGAAAUUCAGGCUUUAGUUACAUUGGCAGACGAAAUAGCUAAAUCUGUCAUUCCAGAAGGUUCAAGAAAGAUAAAUGGAAAAUACAUUCAAUCUCACCUCCUUUCACGUUUAGAAGGUGUGCAUGAAAAAUUAAAGGAGCAAAUAAAGGACGUUGAUGCUGCACAGUCCAGGGAGGUUCACUUGUUCUGGUGUGGCAUGGCAGAGGAUGUACAAGUAAUGGGCAGCUUUGACGGUUGGAGUCAAGGAGAGCACUUAUCACCAGAGUAUGAUGGUUCCUUUACUAAGUUCACAGCAACAUUAAUGCUUAGACCGGGAAGGUACGAGAUAAAAUUCUUGGUGGAUGGAGAAUGGCAACUGUCACCUGAAUAUCCUGCCGUCGGUGAGGGACUAACCAAAAAUAACUUGUUAAUUGUUGAGUGAUCCAGUUAAGAUGUUAAACAAUUUAGACUUGCAUCUUAGUAUGAACUGCUUUCUCUUGAUGCAUUUUUUAUUAGCUUAGCUUAUUAAAUAGUUUAAUUUAAUUGAAAUUUGCAGCUGAGUUUCAUUCUCCAUACUAUAACUGGAAAUGUAUAUGUUUUUGGUAUAGAUGAAUAAAGGUUAACUAAUUAUUUAGUCUCUGA